AUGGGAGCAGGAUAAUCAUCUAAUAAAAACUGUAAGAAAUCUUUAAUUAAUUGCUUAUAAAUGCUUGUCGAAGAUGUUGAAUUUUAUGUAGAUAAAGAAUUUCUUGAUUAAUUAAAGAACAUAUCUAUUUCUUUUUCUAGCAAAUUCGAAAAAAAUCGGUAACAUUUUGUUUACAAUUUUAUAGCAAGAAAGUAAUCGAUCUUCUUAAAUAAUCGAUACCACCAUAAAUUACUCUUUUUGAAGAUGUUUUACUAAAUUACGCAAGUACUGUGUUCUAGUGUUCUUUAAUUAGAAAUAACAAUAAUAAAUAAAAAAAAAUAAAGGAGAUCAAUAUGGAUAAAGAGUUCGUUAAAACUUUUAGAUUAAUGAACUUUUCAAGUUUAAAAGAUUAAUAUGAUAAUUUUUAUUAAAAUAGCUUAGUCCUUCUAAAAUAAGGUUUAUAAAGCUAUUGCAGUUUGGCUGAUUAAAUUAUCAAAGAACUAAAUUAAAAUCUAGAUGUUUAAUGUCAAGUUUAUGUUUUGAUUUGGGAACACUUUCAAAAUCAUCUAUGUAAAUUAUCCAAUUCAGAUAUUUAUGAUCUUUAACCAUUGAAUGAAUUUUUUAAUGAGCAUUAUGCAACAAUCAAUCCCCCUUUAAAAAUUGAAACUAUAGGUGGAAAAUUAUGGGGAACAUACGUAUAAUAAUUAAACAUUGAUUAUAUUAAAAAAUAAUUUGAAAAUGUUAGAAGAGAUCGAACCCAAAAAAAAAUUAGUUUAUUUUAAGUCAUUAACGCCUUAAUUGAUUUGAAUAUUGAUGCUGCUCAUCUUUAAUGGAUAGGUGAUAGUAAUUUCUAAUUUUAUGGAAAGCUUAAAGAAUUAAUCGAUUUCAUCAUUAAUGAUACUGAAAUUUUUUUUGAUGAAUUAAAUUAAUAAUCAAAAGGAGAUCUAAUUUUAUUCUUAGAUUUAUGGGAAAAAGAUGAUAAUUUUAUGAAAUCAAUACUUCCAACUUGGAUUUGUGAAAAUAAACUAAAUACUAAAUUUUUUACCUAUUUUGAAUAAAAAAUCUAAGAAAAGAUUAAAUUGUUGUAAACAAGUUAAUAAAAAAAUCUUAUAGAGAGAUAUUCUAAGCAAUUCUGUGAAAUAGACUUCGAAAAUUAAUUACAAUAUGCAAAAGAAAGUUUAGAAUCAACUUAUUUUUAAUUUGAAAAUUUCUAAUUGCAAAGCCUUGAUUCAACUUUAUAGCUUAUGAUUAAAUAGUUGAAAUCUGAAAAAUAGUUUAGUAGUAUUAUUUUAGCUAGUGAAAAAACAUAAUAAGGACCUAGUGAUUUAUUGAUUCAAUAAAAUUCAAAUAUUUUAUCAGAAAUCAAUGUUCAUCAUAUUUAAUCUAAUAUUUUAGAUUCAUCAGAUGGAGAUAUAUUUGAAUCAAAAUAAUCAAAAUUAAAUAUUAUGAGCCCAGAAGAUGAAAUUGCUGAAAUAUGUUAAAAAUUUGAUCAUAAGAAGAAUACAAUAUAAUUAAAUAUUUUAUAGAGAGAUCAAAAAAUAAAACUUAGAAAUAGAAAUUUAUAACCAAUAAAUUAAGACUUAAGAGAAGUUUUUAGUUUCGUUCAUUCUAUAUCAUAAUAAUAAGUAGAUAAAUUAGUGGACUUCUUGUUUGACAAUAAACAUAAAGAAAAUAACUUCAUAAAUAAUCAAUAGUUUUUAAAUUAAGAUCACUUUCGAGGAUCUAUUGCAGCUGAACUACUUUUUUUAUUGGAGAAAUGA